CCAGGACACAGUAGUCUCAUUCAUUCAGUGUCCGCGACAGUCUCUCUCUCACACACACUUUGACUCUGGGAAGUUAGCAGCGAUGCUGUCAAAAUCAAAGAAUGCUUCACAUUCAGCGACAUUUAUGACACCAAAGAAUCUAGAAAUCAUCACAAUACAGAAGUCUCCAGUGGCUACCAGGACACAGAACGGCGCAGCGAUCACCGGUACACAGAAGGCCCUAUGGACCACCACAACACAGAAGGGCCAAUGGACCACCACGACACAAACGACCAAAUUGGCCAUCACAACGCAGAAGGCUCCGGCGAAAAUUGAUACACAAAAGGCCGCAUGGACCGUCACGACACAGAAGGCCACAGUGGCCAUCGCACCACAGAAGGCAUCGACGAGCACUUGUACACAGAAGGCGCCGGUGAUCAUCGACACGCAAAAGGCCCCAUGGUCCACCACAGCACAGAAAGCACCAGUAAUCCUCGACACGCAGAAGGCCCCAUGGUUCACCACAGCACAGAAAGCACCAGUAAUCCUCGACACACAGAAGGCCCCAUGGACCACCACAGCACAAAAGGCACCAGUAAUCCUAGACACACAGAAGGCCCCAUGGACCACCACAGCACAGAAAGCACCAGUAAUCCUCGACACACAGAAGGCCCCAUGGUCCACCACAGUACAGAAAGCACCAGUAAUUCUCGACACACAGAAGGCCCCAUGGACCACCACAGCACAGAAAGCACCAGUAAUCCUCGACACGCAGAAGGCCCCAUGGACCACCACAGCACAAAAGGCACCAGUAAUCCUCGACACGCAGAAGGCCCCAUGGACCACCGCAGCACAGAAAGCACCAGUAAUCCUCGACACACAGAAGGCCCCAUGGACCACCACAGCACAAAAGGCACCAGUGAUCAUUGAUCCACACAAGACCCCAUGGAUCACUAAGACACAGAAAGUCCCAGUGAUUAAUGAGAAACAGAAGGCCCCAUGGAGCACAAAAACAGAAAAGGCUCCGGUGGCCACCACGACACAGAAGGCUCCAGUUACCACCACGACACAGAAGGCUCCAGUUACCACCACGACACAGAAGGCUCCAGAUACCACCACGACACAGAAGGCUCCAGUUACCACCACGACACAGAAGGCGCCAGUGACCACCACGACACAGAAGGCUCCAGUGACCACCACGACACAGAAGGCUCCAGUUACCACCACGACACAGAAGGCUCCAGUUACCACCACGACACAGAAGGCGCCAGUUACCACCACGACACAGAGGGCGCCAGUUACCACUAUGCCACAAGAGGCCUCAGGGACCACUAUGCCACAAGAGGCCCCAGGAACCACUAUGCCACAAGAGGCCCCAACGACCACUAUGCCACAAGAGGCCUCAGGGACCACUAUGCCACAAGAGGCCCCAACGACCACUAUGCCACAAGAGGCCCCAGUUACCACUAUGCCACAAGAGGCCCCAGGAACCACUAUGCCACAAGAGGCCCCAACGACCACUAUGCCACAAGAGGCCCCAGGAACCAUUAUGCCACAAGAGGCCCCAACGACCACUAUGCCACAAGAGGCCCCAGGAACCAUUAUGCCACAAGAGGCCCCAACGACCACUAUGCCACAAGAGGCCCCAGGAACCACUAUGCCACAAGAGGCCCCAGGAACCACUAUGCCACAAGAGGCCCCAACGACCACUAUGCCACAAGAGGCCUCAGGGACCACUAUGCCACAGGAGGCCCCAACGACCACUAUGCCACAAGAGACCCCAGCGACCACUAUGCCACAAGAGGCCCCAACGACCACUAUGCCACAGGAGGUCCCACCGACCACUAUGCCACAAGAGGUCCCACCGACCACUAUGCCACAGGAGGUCCCACCGACCACUAUGCCACAAGAGGUCCCACCGACCACUAUGCCACAGGAGGUCCCACCGACCACUAUGCCACAAGAGGCCCCAACGACCACUAUGGCACAAGAGACCCCACCGACCACUAUUCCACAAGAGGUCCCACCGACCACUAUGCCACAAGAGGGCCCAGCGACCACUAUGCCACAGGAGGUCCCACCGACCACUAUGCCACAAGAGACCCCAGCGACCACUAUUCCACAAGAGGCCCCAGCGACCACUACGACAAAGACCUUGGUCGCCACCAUGACACAAGAGAAACAAGAGAGAACAACAGGAAGUGUCCCAACAACCACUCGUUUAGUCAAAUCAACCACAACACGGCGGGUCCCAAGGAUCAAGGUACGAAGGGCCUCAACGACCAUGACAAGGAAGGCCGCAGUCACCACCAAGGUACGGAGAGCCCAGACGACCAUUACAACUAGGUCAACGACCACCACGAUACUGAGGGCCCCAUCGACAAUCGCACCAACACGAAAAGCCUCUACGAGGCAGACACUUCGUAAGUCUUCCACAAAAUCCAAGCGAAAGAAGUCUUCGAGAAAGCCUCCAGUAGUUUGGAGGAGACUGCUGGCUGUAGGCGAAGAAGGGAGUGGGAGGAUCAGCUUGCUGGAGGGCAUAACUCGUUGCCACACCAACGACAACAGCAGCGCCCAUAACAACGGCAGCUCCGACAAACAGGCUCCGCUCAGCGUCAACGGUACACAGGUGCAACUCUGGUGCAGUCGAGGGUAUUUCGCCAGAGAUCAGGACAAGAGGCUCGAUUCCUACAGCUACCUAGGCCACCACGUGGUGUUAAUCUGCUUCUCCAUUGCCUGCCCCGAGUCGCUACGCAUGGCUAAAGAGAGGUGGGCGCCUGAAGUUGCCUGGUUCAUCCCUGACACGCCCGUCAUCCUUGUUGGCUGCCACAAGGAAGUCCGAGAGGCCACAACGACCACGAAGAAACACAAGCAAAAGAAGCAGAAGGCAGUUGCGUACGAGGAGGGUGUGGCCGCGGCUCAAGAUGUGGGUGCGGUGGCCUAUCUGGAGUACAACUCGUGUACCGGAGACGGCAUGGCAGAGAUCAUCGAGAUGGCCGCCGCGCACGCCCUAAAGAACAACAGUCUCGAAUACUCUCCUCUCAAGCGUUGCCGACACGUAAAUUGUGCACCAGAAACCUGUCCACACCGUAGGGACAGGUGCACUAUCCUGUAAAUCUGUCCACACCGUAGAGACAGGUGCACUAUCCUGUAAACCUGUCCACACCGUAGAGACAGGUGUACUAUCCUGUAAACCUGUCCACACCGUAGAGACAGGCGCACCUCUAUCCUGUAGCACUUUUAUCUACAUCAUCGACUCAUAAUCGAGGGACAAUCCACGGGCAGGACAGAACGGUAGGACACGUUUCCUCUCACCUGAUGCUUAUAUUCACCUAGCAAUGAAAUAACUACCCGGGAGUUAGACAACUUGGGGAAGGUCAAUAGUUGCCCUCAGAGAUCUCACAGCCAAGGUACAGGCUUCCUGUACCUUGGCUGUGACAGGCCUUGGUACAGGCCUCGAUAAGCCAAGGUACAGGCUUCCUGUCCCAGAAUAAGAGAAUUAUGCUCUACUGACAUGUGUACUCUCACAGAAGGCGUGUCCACGCCCGUAAACACAGGUGUAUCUUUAGUAGACGUGUCCAAGCCGUGGACAGAGACAUGCUCUCCUCCAUAACAGACCAAACCGAAGGCAGACAUAAUCUCACGUAGAACCGUCCACAUCACAGGGAAAGAUGUACACAACCCACUUGAGCUAUUUAGUGCAUCAUAAAAUGCCAUCUCAUUAAUUUACACAUCACACAGGAAUCCCACUAACGGAAAAUAUAUCAGCUCCAAUCGAUUGGCGCAAUGGAUUCAGUGGAAUCCCCAGGUUGUAUAACUUGCCAUGUCAUGGUACAGGGGUAAGGUGCGCGGUUAGAGUACCUUGAUCGCUGGUUCAAGUCACCUCAUUGCUCCAAUUGAUUUCUCAAUCUCCUCAUUAUUUCAUCAUAUUCUAUCAGAGUAAACAAAAAUCAUAAAUAUAUCUAAAACUCACUAAACCUA